AUGACACACUGGACCACGUUUGAGAGGGAGACGGAGAAGGAAAGCAAGAAGCUAAUUUCACAUAUGACUGGAAUAGAAGAUGAGGACGAUCAGAAUUUUCAACUUGCACUUAAAUUCGCUUGGUCCAAUUUCAAAUUCCAUCGUUUUCUGGACGUGGAUAGCCAUAAAGUACAGCGUAGUAUUAAUGGCAUCCACGAAAAGCUUAAGAUUCACUCUGAUAUGAGUAAAGCCCAAAGUUGGAUGAAGUUGACUGAGGAGUUCCUAAAUUCUCCUUUACCCAACACAGAUGAAACCAAGACUGAUGCCCAUUUCAGCGUUCUGUCUCUGCUGCUCCUCCUGUCUGGGUCUCCGUCAAACACCAACUUCACUGAGAGACCUCAGAUCAAAGAAGCAGAACAAAAGGACAGCUUUGACUGGGGCAAAUAUCUGAUGGAGGGUGAAGACGUAGACAUUGGACCUUAUCCUGACACCCCAGAAUGGUCCGAGGAGGAAAGUGAGGACGAGGACGGUGAAGAGCCAAUCAGCAGAGAGGAUUCUGGGAUACAGUUGGACCGGACACCCCAAGAAGAUCAAGAUAAUGCAAAUAACAAGCCAGUAGCAGUUAAAUGGACAGAGGGAGAACCAGAUGCUCGGGCCUGGCUUGAGCAGCACGUGGUGACGCCGUACUGGGUGCCUCAUGCUUCCCGCUUCCCCCACAGUCUGCACCUGCACUCAAACCUACUCAACUUCUGGGACCAGCACUUGUACAACACUGACCCUCUGUAUCUCCCAGAAGAGAAGGCCUUUGUCACUGAGACUCAAGUCAUUCGGGAAACCUUAUGGCUGUUAUCUGGAGUCAAGAAGCAGUUUAUUUUUCAAAUGCAUGACGGAAAAGUGACCGUGCGCAGUAAUGUGGUCGUAACUCAUCUGACAGGCAAUUGCUUGCGGUCCAUCCUGGAGCACAUUGCGGUGUAUGGCCAGGCGGUGUUCCGGCUGCAGAGGUUCAUAGAUGAAGUGACGGGCCACAGUACUGAUCCAGGACCCCCAGGAACCUCCUCCAAGAAGGGCUCUGACCCCCCGUUCAGGACUUACCAGGCCUUUGUCUGGGCCCUCAACAAGUACCUGACCAUCUUCAAGAAGGAGUUGACCACGAUAGAGAAAGAAAUUGUUUGCAAUGAUGUAACCAUUACCCUCUCUGGUGUGCUGGAACGCCUCAGCUCUCACUUGGUCCAGAUACAAAUGUUGCACAAAGUUUUCUGCACAGGCGUCGCUGAGGUGCCCCCCCACACCCCCAAUGUGGUCCGGGCCUCCCACCUGCUCAACACCCUCUACAAGGCCAUCCUGGAGUACGACAGCGUGGGGGAGGCAUCUGAGCAAGCUGUCGCUCUGCUCUUUUCUCUGUGGACGGAGACUGUUCGGCCAUAUUUGGAGAUUGUGGAUGAGUGGAUAGUGCAUGGACACCUUUUUGAUCCAGCAAAAGAGUUCAUCAUUCAGAGGAACAAGGACGUGCCAGUGAACCACAGGGACUUCUGGUACGCCACAUACACUCUGUACAGCGUCUCUGAGACCGUGGAGAACGAGGAAAAGCAAAACGACUUGGGCAGUGGCAGCUCCGGAGGGGAACCAGGCCAGGGCAGCAGGCACCUCACCAUGGUCUCCUUCCUCAAACCAGUGCUGAAGCAGAUCAUCAUGGCCGGGAAGUCUAUGCAGCUGCUGAAAAAUCUCGACGGGAAAGACUCGGAGCAGGCGGAGAGGGCCUCUAGAGAUGCAGAGAGGAAGAGUCUAUACUCCCUGUUCCUGGAGUCAGUGCAGUCUCGCCUCUGCAGCCAGGAGCACAGUCCCACAGACACAGUCACAGAGCAGCAGGCGGCCAACAGGAGUCUGGUCAAAAUGCAAUCGAUCGUCGCACAACAUCUGGAGAUCGACGACGUCCACGACCCUCUGCUCGCCAUCAACUUUGCCAGACUGUACCUGGAGCAGAGUGACUUCCAUGAGCGAUUCUCAGGAGGAGAUUUUAACGUGGAUCGAUCGUCUCAGUCCGUCACCUGUCAGACGUUUGAACUGACCCUGCGCUCCUGUCUUUACCCACACAUCCAGAGGCGGUACAUCGAGUGCUGUGGGAACCUCAUGAAGACCCUGAAGAAAGACUACAGACUGUUAGAGAACCUCCAGGCCAUGAGGAACUACUUCCUGCUGGAGGCGGGGGACACAAUGUACGACUUCUACACAGCCAUUUUUGACAAAGUGCAGGAGAAGGAGAGCUGGCAGCAGCCCUCCUUUCUCAAUGUGCAGCUGCAGGAAGCAGUGGGACAGCGCUACCCUGAGGACAGCGGCAGGUUGUCAGUGUUUUUGGAGCCCAUUGAUCCUGCAAGGAAGAAGCACCCAGUGAAUAAUCUAGAAGUCCUCACACUAAGCUACAAAGUGCCAUGGCCUGUUGACAUCGUGAUCAGCUCCGAGUGUCAGAAAAUCUACAACCAAGUGUUUCUGCUGCUGCUGCAAAUCAAAUGGGCAAAAUAUAGUUUAGACACGCUGAGAUUCAGUGAUUUUACAGAAGUUGCCAGUAAAGCAGAGGGUGCAGUGUCUGAGGAGACGAUAAAAGCCAAAGAACCAGUGAACCACCAGAUCCACCGCAUGUGUCUGCUCCGGGUCAAACUCAUGCACUUUGUCAACAGCCUUCAUAACUACAUCAUGACCAGGAUUCUCCACAGCACUGGGCUCGAGUUUCAACAUCAAGUUCAAGAAGCUAAAGAUCUGGAUCAGCUCAUUAAGAUCCACUAUAAAUACUUGGCAACAAUUCAUGACCGCUGCCUCCUCAGAGAGAAGGUCAGUUUUGUGAAAGAGGCAAUAAUGAAAGUGCUCAAUCUGGUCCUCAUCUUCUCCGACCGAUGGCAAGCCGGCUUUGGGGCCUGGAAGAUUGAGUCCAUAGACAAGAUGGAGUCAGACUUUAAAAACUGCCACAUGUUCCUGGUGACGAUCUUGAACAAAGCAGUGUGUCGUGGCUCUUUCCCUCAUCUGGAGUCGCUGGCCCUCUCUCUGAUGGCUGGUCCUGGAACCGAGUCCUGGAACCGAGUCCUGGAACCGAGUCCUGGAACCGAGUCCUGGAACCGAGUCCUGGAACCGAGUCCUGGAACCGAGUCCUGGAACCGAGUCCUGGAACCGAGUCCUGGAACCGAGUCCUGGAACCGAGUCCUGGAACCGAGUCCUGGAACCGAGUCCUGGAACCGAGUCCUGGAACCGAGUCCUGGAACCGAGUUUUUCCCAAUGAGGGACAGGAACUCCCUUCGCUGCUCCCCGCCCAUGAUAAUAACACCCAACGAGGAGAUUCCUUUGCCCCACGACAAAAAAAGAAACAAGAAAACUCCAAAAUUGACCAAGUGUUUUAGUGUAUUUGGAGCGCGAAGCGAGCUCGUCUCUGGCUUCAGAAUGACGACCGCAGUGACUCUGGAGGAUGCUCUGUCCAACGUGGACCUUCUGGAGGAGCUGCCCCUCCCCGACCAGCAGCCCUGCAUUGAGCCUCUGCCUGCCUCUCUCAUGUACCAGCCAAACUUCAACACCAACUUUGAAGACAGAAAUGCCUUUGUCACUGGGAUCGCCCGCUACAUUGAGCAGGCCACAGUCCACUCCAGCAUGAACGAGAUGUUGGAGGAGGGGCAGGAGUACGCCGUCAUGCUCUACACCUGGAGGAGCUGCUCGCGGGCCAUUCCACAGGUGAAAUGCAACGAGCAGCCGAACAGAGUGGAGAUCUAUGAGAAAACCGUGGAGGUCCUGGAACCAGAAGUCACAAAACUCAUGAACUUUAUGUACUUCCAGAGAACGGCCAUUGAUCGGUUCUGUGGAGAGGUGCGGCGUCUGUGUCACACUGAGCGCCGGAAGGACUUUGUGUCAGAGGCGUAUCUUCUCACUCUGGGGAGGUUCAUCAACAUGUUUGCCGUGUUGGACGAGCUCAAAAACAUGAAGUGCAGCGUGAAGAAUGACCACUCUGCUUACAAAAGAGCCGCGCAGUUUCUCAGAAAGAUGUCAGAGCCGUCUUCAAUCCAGGAGUCUCAAAAUCUGUCCAUGUUUUUGGCAAAUCACAACAAAAUCACCCAGUCUUUACAGCAGCAGCUCGAGGUCAUUAAUGGCUACGAAGAGCUCCUGGCCGACAUUGUGAAUUUGUGCAUCGAUUACUAUGAGAACAAGAUGUACCUGACCCCCGGAGACAAGCACAUGUUGCUGAAAGUAAUGGGCUUCGGUUUGUACCUCAUGGAUGGAAACAGCAGCAACAUCUACAAACUGGACGCAAAGAAAAGAAUCAAUCUGUCUAAGAUCGACAAGUUUUUUAAGCAACUGCAGGUCGUGCCUCUAUUCGGGGACAUGCAGAUCGAGUUGUCUCGUUACAUCACCACAAGCGCCCACUUUGAGGACAACAAAUCAAGAUGGACCUGUAUGUCCAACUCCAGCAACCCGCAGUACAACAUCUGUGAGCAGAUGAUCCAGAUCCGAGAAGACCACAUGCGCUUCAUCUCGGAGCUGGCUCGCUACAGCAACAACGAGGUGGUGACGGGCUCAGGUCGGCAGGAGUCCCAGAAGACAGACUCUGAGUACAGGAAGCUGUUUGAUCUGGCUCUGCAGGGAAUGCAGCUGCUCUCCCAGUGGAGCGCCCACGUCAUGGAAGUGUAUUCCUGGAAGCUGGUCCAUCCCACCGACAAAUACUCCAACAAAGAGUGUCCAGACAAUGCCGAGGAAUACGAACGGGCCACGAGGUACAACUACAGCAGUGAGGAGAAGUUUGCACUGGUUGAGGUGAUUGCGAUGAUCAAAGGGCUGCAGGUGCUGAUGGGGCGGAUGGAGAGUGUCUUCAACCACGCCAUUCGCCACACCAUUUACUCAGCGCUUCAGGACUUCGCUCAAGUGACUCUGAGAGACCCACUGCGGCACGCGAUCAAGAAGAAGAAGAACGUCAUACAGAGUGUCCUUCAAGCCAUCAGGAAGACUGUGUGUGACUGGGAGACCGGCCGGGAGCCCCAUAACGACCCAGCCCUCAGAGGGGAGAAGGACCCAAAGGGAGGCUUCGAUAUCACGGUCCCGAGAAGAGCUGUUGGGCCCUCUAGCACACAGCUCUACAUGGUGCGGACGAUGCUGGAGUCUCUGGUUGCCGACAAAAGUGGAUCCAAGAAAACUCUUCGCAGCAGUUUGGAAGGACCCACCAUUCUGGACAUUGAGAAGUUUCACCGCGAGUCCUUCUUUUACACCCAUCUUCUCAACUUCAGUGAGACCUUGCAACACUGUUGUGACCUCUCCCAGCUCUGGUUCAGGGAGUUCUUCCUGGAGCUGACGAUGGGCCGCAGGAUCCAGUUCCCCAUCGAGAUGUCCAUGCCCUGGAUCCUCACAGACCACAUCCUGGAGACCAAGGAGGCCUCAAUGAUGGAGUAUGUGCUGUACCCUCUGGACUUGUACAACGACAGUGCUCACUACGCCCUGACCAAAUUCAAGAAACAAUUCCUGUACGAUGAAAUAGAGGCAGAGGUCAACUUGUGCUUUGAUCAAUUCGUCUACAAGCUCGCAGACCAGAUAUUUGCUUAUUACAAAAUUCUAGCUGGAAGUCUACUGCUCGACAAGCGUCUCAGAGCAGACUGCAAAUCCCAAGGAGCCAACAUCCCCUGGCCGUCCUCCAACCGCUAUGAGACGCUGCUCAAACAGAAACAUGUCCAGCUCCUCGGUCGCUCCAUUGAUCUGAAUCGUCUCAUCACUCAGAGGGUCUCGGCCGCUCUCUACAGGUCCAUGGAACUGGCCAUUAACCGCUUUGAGAGUGAAGACCUCACCUCCGUCAUGGAGCUGGACGCCCUUCUGGAGAUCAACCGUCUGACCCACAAACUGCUGUGCAAGUUCCUGACUCUGGACAGUUUUGACGCCAUGUUCAGAGAAGCAAACCACAACGUGUCUGCUCCGUACGGACGCAUCACGCUGCACGUCUUCUGGGAGCUCAACUACGACUUCCUGCCAAACUAUUGCUACAACGGAUCGACCAACAGAUUUGUGCGCACCAUCCUGCCUUUCUCUCAGGAGUUUCAAAGAGACAAGCCACCCACUGCUCAGCCACACUACUUAUACGGAUCGAAGGUCAGUGCCUGUUAUCUCGCUAAUGCCAUGGGCAACUGA